AUGGUUAGAGUAAAGAAGAUAGAGACGGUUUCUCUUGUUCUUGUUCUUGUUCUUGAGCUUGUGGUGGCGGCCACGGCGACGAAUGUGACGUACGACCACCGUGCUUUAGUAAUCGACGGUAAACGGAAGAUUCUCAUCUCCGGCUCCAUUCACUAUCCUAGAAGUACUCCUGAGAUGUGGCCGGACCUUAUAAAGAAAUCGAAGGACGGUGGCUUGGAUGUUAUAGAGACUUAUGUGUUUUGGAGUGGUCACGAGCCGGAGAAGAACAAGUAUAUUUUUGAAGGAAGAUACGAUCUAGUUAAAUUUGUGAAGCUUGUGGCUGAAGCUGGUCUCUAUGUUCAUCUACGAAUUGGUCCGUAUGCUUGUGCCGAAUGGAAUUACGGUGGUUUCCCAGUGUGGUUGCAUUUUGUUCCUGGAAUUAAGUUUCGAACUGAUAAUGAACCAUUUAAGGUGGAAAUGCAGCGAUUCACUGCCAAGAUUGUGGAUGUAAUGAAGCAAGAAAAGCUAUAUGCAUCACAAGGAGGACCAAUCAUUCUCUCUCAGAUUGAGAAUGAGUAUGGAAAUAUUGAUUCAGCUUAUGGUGCUGCGGGUAAAAGUUACAUGAAGUGGUCAGCUUCCAUGGCUCUUUCUCUAGAUACUGGUGUACCAUGGAACAUGUGCCAGCAAAAAGAUGCUCCUGAUCCCAUUAUCAACACAUGCAAUGGUUUCUACUGUGACCAGUUUACUCCAAACUCAAACAACAAACCCAAAAUGUGGACUGAGAACUGGAGUGGAUGGUUCCUUGGUUUUGGAGAUCCUUCACCUUACAGACCAGUUGAAGAUCUUGCAUUUGCGGUCUCGCGGUUUUACCAACGAGGAGGAACUUUCCAGAACUACUACAUGUAUCAUGGUGGAACAAACUUUGAGAGAACAAGUGGAGGACCUUUAAUUACUACAACUUAUGACUAUGAUGCUCCAAUUGAUGAGUAUGGACUUCUUAGACAACCAAAAUGGGGACACUUAAGAGAUCUACACAAGGCUAUCAAGCUUUGUGAAGACAAGUUGAUUGCUACAGAUCCAAUUAUUACUUCUUUGGGCACAAAUUUAGAGGCCUCUGUUUAUAAAACAUCAUCUGGAUCUUGUGCUGCUUUUCUUGCAAAUUUUGGGACACAAUCUGAUGCAACUGUGACUUUCAAUGGGAACUCAUAUCACUUGCCUGCUUGGUCCGUAAGCAUAUUGCCGGAUUGCAAAAACGUAGCUUUCAACACAGCAAAGAUAAAUUCUGCAACUGAGUCCACCACAUUUACUCCUCAAUCGUUGAAGCCUGAGGCAGAUUCGUCUGCGGAGUUAGGUUCACAGUGGAGUUAUAUUAAAGAAACUAUUGGAAUUUCCAAGAACGAUGCAUUCUUGAAACUUGGAUUGUUAGAGCAGAUCAACACAACAGCUGAUAAAAGCGACUACUUGUGGUACUCUCUGAGGAUGGAUGUUAAAGGCGAUGAGACUUUCCUUGACGAAGGAUCUACUUCUGUUCUUCACAUUGAAUCUCUUGGUCAAGUGGUCUAUGCUUUUAUAAAUGGAAAACUUGCCGGAAGUGGAAAUGGCAAACAAAAGAUUUCUUUGGACAUUCCGAUUAAUCUUGUAACAGGGAAGAACACAAUUGAUCUCCUAAGUGUGACCGUAGGCCUUGCGAACUAUGGAGCUUUCUUUGACUUAGUAGGAGCAGGAAUAACAGGUCCUGUGACACUUAAAAGUGCAAAAAGUGGUAUCUCAAUCAAUUUGGCUUCACAGCAGUGGACUUAUCAGGUUGGACUCAAAGGAGAAGACACAGGUUUGGGAAUUGAAGAUUCUUCUGAAUGGGUUUCAAAAUCUCCUUUGCCUACUAAGCAGCCACUGAUUUGGUACAAGACAACCUUUGAUGCUCCUUCUGGGAGUGAGCCAGUAGCAAUAGACUUCACAGGUACAGGAAAGGGUAUUGCGUGGGUGAACGGACAGAGCAUAGGUCGGUACUGGCCGACCAGUAUCGCGCGAAAUGACGGUUGCACAGAUCCUUGUAACUAUAGAGGAACUUACAAAGCCACAAAAUGCCUCAAGAACUGCGGAAAACCUUCUCAGACAUUGUAUCACGUGCCACGCUCGUGGAUAAAACCGAGCGGGAACACUCUUGUUCUGUUGGAAGAAAUGGGAGGAGAUCCGACAAAGAUAUCAUUCGCGACAAAGCAAACAGGAAACAACUUGUGUUUGACGGUGUCACAGUCUCAUCCAGCUCCGGUGGACACGUGGACUUUCGACUCCAAGAUCUCAAACAGAACUACUAGUCCGGUUCUUUCCUUAAAAUGCUCUGUUUCUACUCAGUUCAUAUCUUCUAUAAAGUUUGCAAGUUUUGGUACACCUAAAGGUACUUGCGGUAGCUUUAGCCGCGGCCGUUGCCACAGCUCUCGAUCUCUCUCCGUUGUCCGAAAGGCAUGCAUUGGGUCAAGGAGUUGCAAUGUUGAAGUCUCGAGUAGAGUAUUUGGAGAACCUUGUCGUGGCGUCGUCAAGAGCUUAGCUGUUGAAGCUUCUUGUUCAUGA